AAUUAUAAUUAAUAAUAAUAUUAAAAUGAAUUUCGAUUGCAAAGUGUGUUAAAAAGCUAUCUUUUUUACAAUAUUUAAUAUAAUUUAAAAAAUGGAUGCACUUGUAGCUGAAGUCGUCCGUCGCCGAAAAAAUGCAAUUAAUGUUUUUUUGUUGAUUGAAAAAUUAAGACGAAGAAAAAAUGUUACGAAGCCAGCCAGGUUAUGGAGUUGUUCUUGGCUAUUGCGUCGUGACAAGCACCAAAGUGUUCUGAAUAUGGUUUUUGAAGAACUUGGCCCAGAAGAUCCUGCAUGUUUCACAAAUUUUACCCGAAUGCAGGAAGAUUAUUGGAAUGAAUUACUGACACUUAUGACUCCUUUAAUUCAAAAAAAGGAUACAGUUAUGCGUAAAGCAAUAUCACCAAGGGAUAGACUUUCUGUUACUCUUCGAUACUUGGCAACUGAUAAUACCUUCAAAGAUCUGAGCUACUCCACACGCAUUGCUGCCAAUACUAUUUCAAGCAUUGUACGCUCUACUUUGGCGGCCAUUAUUCAAAUUCUAGAACCUAGAGUAAUCAAUCUCCCAUCAACAGCGGAUGAAUGGGAACUAGUUGGUCAUAAAUUUGAAAUGUUAUGGAAUUUCCCUCAUUGUAUUGGCUCGUUGGAUGGAAAGCAUAUCAAUUUUCGUCCUGCUAGAAAAGAGGGAUCCAAAUUUAGAAAUUACAAAGGGAAAGAUAGCAUAGUUUUGCUAGCUUUGGUUGAUGCGGAAUACAAAUUCUUGUUUGUGGAUAUCGGAAUGAAUGGUCGAAUGCACGAUUCAGCUGUCUUCCGUGAAAGUCCAUUAGGUAAGAAAGUAUAUUCCAAUACUUUACCUUUCCCUUUCCCAUGUGAAGUACCUGGAUUCAAUUACAAAUUGCCAUAUGUAAUUGUUGGCGAUGAUGCAUUUGCCUUGAAGCCAAAUUUACUGAAGCCUUAUCCAAGUCGGUACUUGACACUUGAUAAAAGAAUUUUCAACUACAGAUUGAGCCGUGCCAGAAGAACCGUUGAAAAUGCAUUUGGUAUUCUUGCUAAUAGAUGGAGAGUUUUACUUUCUACCAUACCCCUUGAUGUUGAUAUGGUUGAAACAAUUACAUAUGCUUGUGUGCUUUUACAUAAUUACCUCAUCACCAAAAAAAACUCCCAUCAGUGGUAUGUACCUAACAACUAUAGAAUUUCAAACAAUUCUAAUACAAACAGUCAUGAAGAACAGUUAUCUGAACAUCAGUAUGGUUUGGAGCAACAGACUGGUAAUCGUAGCUGUAAUAACGCCUUAGAGAUCCGUGAUAAGUUUUGCGAGUAUUUCAAUACUGCAGGUGCGGUACCCUUCCAAUAUACUGCAAUAGAAAUGGGCAAUCGGUAGUGACGUGAAGUUUUUUAACUAUAUUAUAUAACAAUAAACUAUAUUUUGCG